AAAGAAUUUAACCCAGUAAUACAAUUACGCAAGAAUAAAACAGGAUGUUCAAAAAAAAAUAAAAAUAAAAUAAAACAGAAGAGAGUACAGCAGAAGAAAGUAGUGAGAAAACCAAUUCUCUUUUUUUCCGUGUUUGUAAUAAGAACACUUCCGACGAAAGUGACGUGUAGCUGUACAUCAUCAAUUGGGGAUCUUCUUCCUCUCUCGUUAUCGUCCACACUCUACAGGGCGCUCACUCCGCAUCUCCCAACUCCAUAUGUGAGAGAUUGUUUUUUCUUCCUACUUUGUCUGUCUGUAGAGAGCGUUUUCGUUUCUUUUCUUUUUUGGCUGUUGUUUGUGGAGGGAAUUUGGGAGGUUAAAGUUGUUGGGAUUCUUAUUUGUUUUCAACAAAAACUGCAACCCCAUUUGGUUGAUUUGAAAGCUAGGUAGGGUAUUAGUACUGUACGUCUCGAGAUGUGUCGGCACUCACUCACGCCUAGGGUAAGGCGUUGGUGAAAUUUGGGGUCUGUUGUUCUUCCCUCGAGUGUCCGUCUCUUCCGAACCAACACCAACCCCCGCAUGACUUUACUCAAUGUGUGACUCAACACUUGUGUGCUCGUCUCUGAGUUUGGGUGACAGUACUACCAAACGUGCUGCCUCUUCUAUUGCUGGUUCUUGUAAUUCAGAAACCAAGUCAAAUAACCCAGAUGAAAGUCGCAAUGAUCACUCCUUCUGUUUUCAGGCGAAGGAUUUUCGUGUUGAUGCUAUAACUCUCAAAUUAUCCUCAAAAACCAGUGGUGGUUAUAUCUAUAGAUUGCAACUUGAGAAGGACGUGCAAAGAUUACAACAGCAACUGCAAGAAGAAAUGGAACUGCAUGCUAUUCUGGAAAAUGCUAUUGAAAAUAAUGCCGUAAUACCACCUGGUGUAUCACACCUUCCUGCUCAUGCUCUGGAGUUAUUAUCCAGUAUUUCAAUAUUGGAGUCUGCAAUUUUAAAACUUGAAGAAGAGUUUAUCUCUUUGCAUUUCCAAGUAAGUCAGGAAAGAAAUGAACGAAGACUUACAGAAUAUCGCUGGAGGCAUUCUUCCCAGACAUUUUUUGUUUUCUCUGAUGUUGUGAAAGCAUCGACUGUUGUGGAAAUGGACACCAAAUUUUGCCAGCCUCUUGAUGUUGAUGAGCUUAGUACAGAUGUGCGACCUAAAGAUCUGUGGGAUAAUCCUAAUCGACUAUCAGAGGAAAUGGUUCGGUGCAUGAAAAAUAUAUUCAUCUCUCUAGCUGAUUCUACUGCACGAUUGAAGUCAUCGGCAUCAGAGUCCCAAUAUUCAUCUCUGUCUCCAUGUGGACAUCUUUCCAAUUCAUCAAUGUUGUCAUUAUCUGAACGUUCACGAAUGUCAUCAGGGGUGCAGAGUCCACAACUUAAUAAACAGUGUAAUCCCGAGGUGUUGGCCACGGAGAACACUUUUGAUCCGUACAGAGUGGGCUGUAAAUUAAGUUGGGGAGAUAUUGGAAGCUAUAGAUUGGCAACUGAAGUUUCAUGGAUGUCAGUUGGGAGGAAGCAGCUUGAAUAUGCUGCAGGGGCUCUUCGUCGGUUCAGAACACUGGUUGAGCAACUGGCAAGAGUGAAUCCCAUCUACUUGAGCGGCAAUGAGAAGUUGGCUUUCUGGAUCAAUUUAUACAAUGCACUAAUAAUGCAUGCAUAUUUGGCAUAUGGAGUCCCAAGAAGUGAAUUGAAGCUCUUUUCUUUGAUGCAGAAGGCAGCAUACACCAUUGGGGGGCAUUCUCUUAGUGCGGCUGCAAUCGAGUAUGUGAUUUUGAAGAUGAAACCACCAGCCCAUAGGCCACAGAUUGCUUUGCUUCUUGCUCUUCAUAAGCUAAAGGUAUUGGAAGAGCAACGGAAGUAUGCUAUUGAUUCAUCUGAACCUCUUGUGGCUUUUGCUCUCAGCUGUGGACUGUACUCAUCACCUGCAAUAAGGAUUUAUACAGCUAGUAAUGUGAGAGAAGAGCUGCAUGAAGCUCAGCGUGAUUUUAUUCGAGCUUCAGUUGGGGUAAGCAGCAAGGGAAGGCUAUUGGUACCCAAAAUGCUUCACUGCUUCUCCAAAAGCUUUGUAGAUGACGCAGACUUAGCUGUAUGGAUAUCACAUUACCUUCCACCUCAUCAGGCUGCCUUCGUUGAACAAUGCAUAUCAAAGAGGCGACAAAGCCUCCUUAGUUCACGCAAUUGUGGAAUUCUUCCAUUUGAUUCACGAUUCCGUUAUCUGUUUCUUCCAGAACAAAUGUAAACUAUGAUACUGUCUAUUUUGCACAACCCACCAUUGCCUCCUCCCAUUUGCUGGAUCCAGCAUAGAUGUUCCUGUCAACAUUGCUGUUAGUGGAGUGUUGGUUGCAUCCUAUCCGUGGAUCCCAUUCAGCUCAGCAAUGACAAUGUGGUGAUUUCUGGUCUGCCCCUUUACAGAUCUGUUGUAUACCCCUUCGAUGUUGUAUAUUCUUUUUGGAUCUUUUGGCUCUGUAUAAUAGUCUGAGAGUCAGCAGGAGCAGGAAUCAAAGGUUGUGGUACCUGAUGAUAAGCUCAUGCUUUUCAAAAUUUCUAAGCUGGCUGAGCCUCCAGGAAGGUUUGGACUCCAUUUGGGGAACCUUUGUGAUUCGUGAAUGGAUGAUGCACCAAGAACCAAUAUCAGUAUCUAAUAAAAGAGUAGGUUCUGUUCUUGCACUCUA